GGGAAGGGUAUCUACCAUUUCACAACGACAAUGAUAAUCUGCCAUCAAAUGGAAUAAAUGAUGAAUUGAUCUUAUAGUUUACACCAAUAAUCUUUUCGGUUCAUACUGUAAUAAAAAGUAGCAUGGAAAGUAAAUUGUUUCCAUCUAAAGAAUCAAUUUCUUAUAUGAUCGAUGCAGGACUUCGAGUUCCCCCCAUACGAUGCAAUCGAGGCCAAGCAUGUCCGUCCUGGGAUGUACGCUCUCUUGAAGAAGUUGGAGAGUGAUUUGGAGGAACUAGAGAGGACGGUGGAGCCAUCUUGGCCGAAGCUCGUGGAGCCAUUGGAGAAGAUUGUGGAUCGAUUGUAUGUCGUCUGGGCGAUCAUUAAACAUCUCAAGAACGUCAAGGACACAGCUGAGCUGCGUGCUGCAAUAAAGGAAGUCCUGGUAAUUUCUUUCGCGUUGGUGUUGGUUCUCCUGGACUAGGAUAUCUUAGAUAGAUCUUGAAAUGAUCUAUUGGGUAAUGAGUAGGGCGUGGGGCGGCAGUGCGGUGGUGGGUGAAGCAGCAGCCAGCAAGAGGAGGGAAGAAGAAGAAGAAGAGAAGAAGA